AUGUCAGAUUCAGAGGGAGGUCUAGCUUCCGAAGUUGAACAUGAGAAGCGGUCAAGAUCUACUAGCAACAGACCCAAUUAUGCAAUUGAUACUGAGGAUUUAGAUAUUGAUGAAAAUGAUGAGAAUGAAGAUGAUGAUUACAGAGAAGAAGAAGCCAAUGAGGGAGUGAAUGAAGAAGAAAUAAGUGAUGAGGAGGAACAGAUAAAUAAAAGCGGAAGAAACAAAAGGAGGCACGUGGACGAAGAAGAGGAUUUGUCAGAGGAUAAAGGCGUUACUAGAUCUAGAAACCGUUCAAAGUUCAAAAAACCAGUAUUUCCCGGAAUCGAUGAUGCUGAGGAGAACUUAAAUCCUUUGAAAGUGGUCAAUGAAGAAUAUGUUCUACCAGAUGAUCCUGAAGGUGAGACGAAGAUAACUGCAGAUGGUGAUCUAUUAGGAGGCAGAGAAUUUUUAGUGCGCACCUUCACAUUAACUGAGAAGGGGAAUCGAAAGUUUAUGCUGGCCACCGAACCGGCUAGGAUAGUGGGUUUUAGAGAUUCAUAUUUAUUUUUUCAAACUCACCCCAACCUUUAUAAGUUCAUUCUGAAUCAAACUCAAAAGAACGACUUGAUAGACCGUGGCGUUUUACCUUAUUCAUAUAGAAAUAGACAAAUCGCUCUAGUCACCGCUAGAGGCGUGUUUAAAGAAUUUGGUGCUAAAAUCAUUCGUGGCGGCAAACAUAUAACCGAUGAUUAUUAUGCUUCUGAAUUAAGAACAAAGGGAAAUGUAAUUGAAGGAAAACUUGCUGGUGAUCCUAUUGAUAAAUCCGCAAGGGCCUUAGAAACCAUGAUGUAUCCUGCUUCCGAGAAUGGCAUAAACCCUGCAAAAAACCAGGUGGAAUUCUUUGAACACAGGCCACAUGGUCACAUGAGUAAUUCUAAUAUUAUUGCAUCAGGUAGUAAGCUGAGCUCUACAAAUUGGCUCUAUCAGCAUUCUGCUGCGUGUAGUAGAUUUAAUAGCGAUUUGUUUUAUGAUAGAGUGAAGGUUCUUCUUGUAGAUCAACAAGGCUUGAGAGAUGCAUACACAAAUAUAUUACACAUACCAGAAUCCACACAGUCAACCACUGUUUUAGGAUGGAGGAGAUCAAAAAACGAUAGUCCCAGCGACACAAGCAUUGUGUAUGAGACCGUUAUACACGAUAACGAUUUGAAUAAACCGAAAACGGGACUGUCGGAAAUCCCGAAAGAGAUCUAUGAAGACGUUGUUGAUGAAGACGUUUUAAGGGCUAUCACCGAACAACAAAAUUUCGAAAAAUGCAACGAAUAUAUUUAG